CUGCUCUUUUAAUAUUUUCACUGAAAUGAAUUUUGUUUGUGGUGGUUUUUGUGAUGUGGGUCUGUAAAUUUAUGCUAUGUUCUAGUGUUUUCUAGGGAGGAGGAGACAUGGGCUAUCUUUAGUCCGUUUAAUUAUUUGGUUUUGAAACCAAAUAUUGAAAAAAAAAAAUCCUUUUUUGUGGUUAGAUUGGUUCAGUAGAGUGAUGACACUUAGAGCAUAGAAGCUGCAUUCUUAGUGGCUUAGUACUUUGUUCUUUUGUUUCUUCAGAUGCUUGAUGUGAACUGUAAUGCUCCAUAGGAGUUUAUAGUUAGCUUGCAGACUCGUUCCUUUCUCAAGGUGAACAUGGACGCAACAAAAUCUCUAAAGAGAAAAUCUCCAGAUUCAUCAAGCUCAAGCAUUUCCCCUUUCCCUUUCAAUGAACUCAACCAGGACCUUCUCGAAAAAGUCCUCUCUCGACUUCCACCUUCAAGCUUCUUCCGCCUUCGCUCGGUCUGCAAAUCUUGGAACAACAUUUCAUCCUCAACUACCUUUCAUCUUGCUUGCUCGGAGGUUCAAUCUCGUGACCCCUGGUUUCUUAUGGUUGGUCAAGAUCUCAACCAAUCUAUAGUAUUUGACACCAGUGAUGGAAGCUGGAAGAACUUGACUUAUCCUAAUUUCCUGCAACAAACCCAAUUCUCUAAAUCAAUUCCUGUAGCUUCAUCGGGGGGUUUGGUUUGUUUUCGAAGCUCAACGGGCCUAUUUGUUGUGUGCAAUCCAAUCGCUGGAGCUUGUUUUGAAAUCCCAAAUUCUGGCCAAGCUUGUGAAGGGAAAACUCUCAAUGCCAUCGCCAUGAGUUCUUCCACUAAAAACCUGUCUUCAUAUAGAAUUGUGCAAGUACUUGGUGAGUUCCCCAACCUCAGCGUUAGAGUCUUUGACUCGGAGAAAAAACAGUGGGAAAAUGAAUUCUUGCUGAGAAAAAGCAAUGUGGGUUCAGUUGAAGAUGAGCCUGAGACUAUGUAUUUCCUUAGCAAAGCGGGAGAUGUUGUGGCUACCAAUAUGCAAAGGAGCCCUUCGAAGCAGUACUCAUCGGUUCUCAUCAAGGAAGCAAAUGAUGAAGAGGUGGUUUAUUUCCUUAGCCAGUCAGGCACCGUUCUUGCCUGUAAUCUUGCACUAAAGACCUUUAAUGAGUACCCAAGGCUUCUUCCCAUCUACUUUGAAUACUCCAUUGAUGUAGUUGAGUGCAAUGGCGAACUGUUAGUCAUUGUUCUAUCAGAUUUUUUAGAGACGGCGAGUCUCAGAAUCUGGAAGUUCUCAAAGGAGGAGAAAUCAUGGCUUCAGGUGGCGGCAAUGCCUCCUUCAUUAUCUCAUGAUUUUUUCGGGAAGAAAGCUGAUAUAAACUGUGUUGGUUUUGGAUCUUCGAUCUUAAUAUGCAUCAGCUCCUCCGAGUUUAGUAGUUAUGUGAUGUUCAAUCUGGUUGAUAAUGAGUGGGUUGAGCUGCCGAAGUGUUUUGUGAAUGGGAGGGCUAAAGAGUUCAUGUCUGCGUUCUCUUUUGAGCCUAGAAUUGAGAUUUCAGUAUAAACCGUGAGCUAUAUCAUUACUUUUGUUUUUUACUGCUUAUUUGGAAAUGAGAAAGGGCUGUUGCUUGUGACUA